AUGUAAUAAGACCUUUGCAAAGUAGGAUAAUAUUUUUAGUGGGAUCAAAAGAAGGUUUUGGGAGAAGGAAGGAUUAGUGUGAUUUAUCAAGGUUUAAAUUCGAAGGAUAAUUCAAUAAUUGCAAUAAAGAAAUUUAGAUCAGAUUUGUUGCAGAAUAAAAAUUUCUAUUUGAGAGAACUCUUAAAAUAAGAGGAAUUACUCUUAAGAAUGAUGUAGCCAGAAAAUUUCAUUAAAUGCAUAGCUCUUGAAGAGACUUAGAAUUCAGUCUAUUGGAUUACAGAAUUAGCAGAAACAAGUUUAAGAUAGUAUUGUUAUACUUAUUUCUAGGGAGAUGAUUCAAGCAGAAAAUGGUAAACUUAAAAUGGAGUAGGUGAUAAAUCUCUGUAAAAAUUUAUUGGAUGGUUAUCUCUUUCUUAUAAAUUAGAAUGUAUUACAUUAAGAUAUUAAACCAGAAGGAAUUUUAAAGAAGAACAACUAAUAUUAUUACUCUGGUAUAUAAUUGCAUUUGACGUUUUAGAUUUGGGCAAUGGAUAUAUGAUAAGUAGAUUCUAAGGUGAAAAUAGUUAAACAAAUUAUUAGUCUCCUUAGAAGACUUUAAAUUAAAUCUAUACUGGUAAAUGUGAUAUAUGGUCAAUUGGCAUAAUAUUAUAUGAGUGUCUGUCAGGUUCAGGUAAUAGACAAAUUUAGUUUAAGUUCCAAUCAUCCAUAAUAAUGAAACCUAAAUAGCAAAAGAAUUCACAGAUGCAUAUUAAAAUGAACCAAUUUAUGAUUUUAUUAUUUAAUGCAUAAAAUAUUCAGAGAGUGAAAGAUUAAGUUGGGAGUAAGUAUAUUCUCAUCCUUUUGUGAUCAAUUAAUUAGACAUUAAGGUCGAUGUUAAAAUAGAAUAAAGCUAUCCAAUUUUUAAGGAAGAAUUUUUAAAAAAAACUCUUCCAGCAAAUCUUUAUUUAAUGAUUGGGCUAAAUUCUCAAACUGAUAAUAUCGAAAGAUUGACAAAAUAAGAGUAAAUUUAUUUUAAUAUUUAAUAGAUUUAUUCAAAGUGCUAAAAAAUAAAGUCCUAAUUCUUCAUCAAAAGAAAUUAAUUCUUUAUUUUAUGAAAUAGCAGGGUUCAAAGCCACUCAUAUUACUCAUAAAGAUAUUAGUAAUUGGUAAAAUAGGAUCAAAAACAGAUUAAAGGGAGAUAGGGGUUAUCAUCAUCAAUUAAUGUCCUAAGAGCAGACCGAAUAAGAUAAUUAACUUAAGAAUUUACCUGUUCUUAAAUGGACUAUAAAUUUAGAUAAGUAAAGAUUAAAGAAUGUGUCACUUCUAUAUCCUGAAGUUGUGGAAAUAAUAUUGAGUAUAAAAGCAUCUAUGAUUAAAUUUAAUACAAAGUUAGAUGAUCUUUUUAAUAAAUACGAUCCUAAUUAAAUAGGAGGAAUAACAAAAUAACAAUUGGAUAAAAUAAUAAUGUAACAAAUAUUAUUUAUAUUAUUUAGGAAAAUAUAUCCAGAAGGUAGAAAUGAUGUUGUAAUGAGUCAUGUGUUUCAAUUUAUUAAUUAAUUUUAAAAUGGUAAAAUAUCUAAAGCAGAAUUUUAGUUCUGUAUUUUUGAUUUAGAUAUAUAGGAAAUAAUUAAAAAAAGAAAUUGA